AUGUUGAAGCUCACAGCGCUUGUUGCGCUCCUGCUGGGCGCGGCGUCUGCAACGCCAACCCUCAGCCCCCCUGCUGAAGAUGAAGGCCUUGCCAAGCGCGCUACCAGCUUCUAUUAUCCCAACAUGGAUCAUACUGGCGCGCCUCGUGGCUUCGCUCCUGACCUUGAUGGCAACUUCAACUAUCAAGUGUACCAGACAGUCAACCCGGGAGAUGGAGGUUCUCUUCAGCGUGCCAUCACUAGUGAUGGCAGUGGCUCUCGCCACCAGAAGUGGUUCGCAUCACAGCCUAGAGUGGUGUAUAUCCCCCCUGGAACAUAUACUAUUUCCAAGACGAUAUACCUCAACACUGAUACAGUGUUGAUGGGCGAUCCUACAAACCCUCCCAUCAUCAAGGCCGCUGCUGGCUUCUCUGGUGAUCAAACUCUCAUCAGUGGUCAAGACCCUGGCACUGGCGAAAAUGGAGAGCUUUCCUUUGCAGUGAGUCUCAAGAACUUGGUUCUUGAUACGACGGCUAUUCCCGGUGGCAACACAUUCACUGCCCUCUGGUGGGGUGUUGCUCAAGCUGCUUCUCUUCAGAACGUCAAGAUUACCAUGGCGUCUUCUCAGAAUGGUAACGGACAUUCUGGUAUUGUCAUGGGUAGAGGCUCAACCCUUGGUGUUGCCGAUGUUCGCAUUGAGCGCGGUCAGAACGGAAUUUGGAUCCCUGCCCACCAGCAGGCUGCCUUCCACAACAUCUACUUCUUCCAGAACACCGUUGCCGUGCUCAUCAGCGGUGGUAGCACCUUUAGCUUCUUCUCCCCUACCUUUGACACCUGUGGGACUGGCAUCAGCGUCACUGGCGGCUCUCCUUGGGUUGCUCUUAUUGAUGGCAAGUCUGUCAACUCUGGCGUGACUUUCUCGACGACUGUUUUCCCUUCGUUUGUCAUUGAGAACUUGACCAAAGAUACCAGCACCCCUAUUGUCGUUCUUCGGGGUACUACUGCCUUGGCUGCUACCAGCCACGUCAAUACCUACUCCUACGCCAAUACAGUUGGUGGAAACCCCGUCUAUGGCCCGGUCCAGUCCACCAACCAGCGUCCUUCUGCUCUCGCCCCUGGCGGUAACUAUCCAUAUGUUGCUCCUCCCAACUUUGCCAGCAACUCUGUUUCGGAUUUCAUCAACGUCAAGGAUACCAACCAGAACGGCGGCCGCAAAGUUCUUGGUGAUAACACUAUUGAUGAAUCUGCCACUCUCAAUGCCAUCUUGCAACUUGCCGCCGACCAAAACAAGAUUGCCUACUUCCCCUUUGGCAAGUACCGUGUCGACUCAACGCUCUUUAUCCCCCCCAACUCGCGCAUCGUCGGUGAGGGUUGGGCUACUAUUACCGGUAACGGCAACUUCUUCAAGAACGAGAACAGCCCUCAGCCAGUCGUCUCGGUUGGUCGUUCUGGCGAUGUUGGCGUUGCUCAGAUUCAAGACAUGCGAUUCACAGUCAACGAUGUCCUCCCAGGAGCCAUUAUCGUUCAGUUCAACAUGGCUGGUAACAAGCCUGGAGACGUGGCCCUGUGGAACAGUCUGGUCACAGUAGGUGGAACCAGAGGCGCUUCUGCCUUGGCCAACGCCUGUACGAGCACAUCAAACCAGUGCAAGGGGGCCUACUUGGGAAUUCACUUCACCAAGAACUCGUCUGCGUAUGUCCAGAAUGUCUGGAACUGGGUUGCGGACCACAUUGGCGAGGACUUUGGCGGCGGAACUUCUAUUGCAGGAAAGGGAGGUGUUUUGGUGGAAAGCACCAAGGCAACUUGGCUGUACGCCUUGGGAAGUGAGCAUUGGUGGCUGUACCAGCUCAACUUGCACAACGCCAACAAUGUUGUGGUCUCUCUGCUCCAAUCCGAGACCAACUACGACCAGGGUGCCAACACUCCGCAGAUCCCCCCUGCACCCUGGGUAGCCAACGUCAACACUUUUGGAGACCCAGACUUCUCGUGGUGCGAUGGAAACAAAAAGGUCUGCAGAAUGGGCUACGCCAACUUCAUUAACGGAGGAUCCAACAUUUAUACGUAUGCCUCUGCCUCGUGGACUUUCUUCAGCGGCCCUGGCCAGGGAUGCAACGACUUUUCAUGUCAAGAAUCCGUACACUGGGUUGCUAACACUCCCUCCAACCUCCAGGCCUUUGGACUGUGUUCCAGAGGCGCUACAAACACCUUGAGAGCAGGAAAUGGCCAGUUGAUCAACACCCAAAAUGGCUUCACUGGUUCUUGGGGUGGAAAUGGUGGCGAUGUUGGUCGCUACACUCCCUAA